AUGGCCUCGGAGCAAUCUGUUGUGCCAGGAGCUCCUCGUCUCAGCGCGAACCCGUCAGAGUCCGAAAGCACUCCCACCACAGAGACUAUUUCUCACCCCACCUCAGACGCGACACGAACAAAGUCUCUCAAACGAAGUCGCGCGGAGCAGUCGCAGAACAGUACGACUUUGUUCCCGAUCGCAGAUAGUGGGAGGGGGUUUUCUCCGUCGCCGAAGUCGCCGCGGUUCAAGGGCACAUUUACUUCGGGCAUCUCGUCCGUUGAACUGACUGGAGCUGCAGCCUUGGCCGAUGAGCAGCGGGAGCGGGAGCAAAUUCAAAGGGAUCAACAAGGCGCGAUGAGCGGGAAUCCGUCCCACCAGGCACUUACUUCGCUCGUGGCCGGGGGUGGAGCUGGCAUGAGCAAGCCUCAAGAUGCGCCAGUAGCCACAACAAGCAUGAGCGAGGGCAUGUCAGCAGUUGCAAAUGCCAUUUCAAUCCCUAGCCCGAUGCAAUCUGAUGACAGGUCUGAAAUUAGCCCAGCAAGUAUUGCCACACUUGGGAGUAUAGGUAGCACGGCGCAAACGGCAAUAGCUGGUUCAACAACAGUUGCUAGCCCGCAAUCGUUGACAAAUGCCAUUGAGGCAGAGAACCGGGAGAACCGAAUGGGUAACGAGACCCAGAUACAUGCUCAAGGGGAUGAGCCACCUUCAAACCGUGCGCUCACAUUUCCUGGCAACGUUCUUGGUCAACCAGACCCUUCGCGAGCUCCUCCACGGGGAUUAAGCCUACCAAUGCCGGGCCAGCAACUUGCCCCUAGAUCUCCAUCACAGAAGAAACACAAAUGUCCGUAUUGCGAGACAGAAUUUACGCGUCACCAUAAUCUCAAAAGCCAUCUUUUGACCCACAGCCAAGAAAAGCCCUAUGUCUGCCAAACGUGCAACAUGCGAUUCCGGAGACUACACGAUUUAAAACGCCACACAAAAUUACAUACUGGCGAACGCCCUCAUAUUUGCCCUAAAUGCGAUCGCAAGUUUGCUCGAGGCGAUGCGUUGGCGCGUCACAGUAAAGGUCAAGGCGGCUGUGCUGGAAGGAGGGCCAGCAUGGGUAGUUUUGGCGGUGACGAUGAUCUUGAAGGCUCUGCUGGGGAUGGUGACGAAGGAGCCAUGGACGGCGUGAUGUACACGAAUGGAACAUCACACCCUAAUGAAGCUGAAAUGACAGAAGAAGAACGCCGAAGGUUUAGCCUCCCGAGUAUCAAAACACAACAUGUGAGCGGACACCAAGGAGGCGCUGAUAAUUUUGCUCAACAUUCGCGGACUUAUCCCCCUUCUGGGCCCAGGCAUGGGCAACCUACAGGAGGCUUAUAUCCGCCAGUUGCAGACCGAGGCGGAACUUCAAGUACUGGCACCUCUCCAAGUAUGCAGAACAGUGGCAGCGGUCAUACUCCAAAUACGAGUAUAUCCUCUUUACCGCUCAAUACCGCAGGGAGCUCAAUGUAUUCGCAAAGUGGGAUGACCGAGAGUCCUAAGCCUUUGAGCCCGUCUGGCAUGCAUGCGUAUCAACUCGGGCAUGAUCCAUCCUCAAUCAAUAGGCAAAGGUCACCUAGUUUGACCACCCAGUUCCAGCAACAACACUUUGGCCGACGACAAUCCGGGAGGUCAUCACCGCCAGGCAUGUCACUUCCAUCCCCGCAUACCUCGCACGGCCCCACACUUCCUGCGCUGGCAGGUCUAGCGCCUCCGGAUCAGAGAUACACACUAUCAAGCCAAGCAUCCAGCCAACAAAACCCUACCAACGGCUCUCAAGGUGGCCAGCAAGCGCAACAAACAUCUGGGUCUCCACCUCCCAAUACUACGUACCAUCAGCCCUCACAAGGCUCCAGUGCUGGUCGAACUCUUGCCAGCGGCCCCGCUAAUAACCAAGGCAGUGCAAAUAACGACAACAGCACCAAUCUCUUUGCUGGUGGCGAGCGAGUUGUAUUAGCCUACGUCCAGACGCUGGAAGAUAAGGUCAAACAGCUGUCAGACAAGAUCCAGGUGAUGGAAAAUACGGAGAAGAGUCAGGAAGACAAGAUCAAUCGGCUUUCCGAGGAGACCUUCUCCCUUAGAAAUCAACUCCAUGCCCAGAAUCAACCUCAGCACCAACCAGCUUCGGGACAUUCGUAA